GAGGAAGAUGAGCCUGAAGUCCGAACGCAGAGGGAUUCAUGUGGAUCAGUCCGAGCUCCUGUGCAAGAAAGGAUGCGGUUACUACGGCAACCCUGCCUGGCAAGGCUUCUGCUCCAAAUGCUGGAGGGAGGAGUAUCAGAAGGCCAGGCAGAAACAGAUCCAGGAGGACUGGGAGCUGGCCGAACGACUCCAGCGCGAGGAGGAAGAAGCCUAUGCAAGCAGCCAUAGCAGCCAAGGGGCCCAGUCCCUCACGUUCUCCAAGUUCGAGGAGAAGAAAACCAACGAGAAGACCCGCAAGGUGACCACGGUGAAGAAGUUCUUCAGUGCUUCAUCCCGAGGAGGGCCUAAGAAAGCAGAGAUCCACGAAGCCAAGGCCUCCAGUCCUUCCCUGAGCCGGCAGACCAGCGUCGAGACAGACAGAGUGUCCAAGGAGUUCAUAGAAUUCCUCAAGCCCUUCCAAAAGACGGGCCAGGAUAUCUACAAGCAGACCAAACUCUUUUUGGAAGCGAUGCAUUACAAGAGGGAGCUAAGUAUCGAGGAGCAGUCCGAGUGUGCGCAGGACUUUUACCAGAACGUGGCAGAGCGGCUGCAGACCCGUGGCAAAGUGCCCCCCGAGAGGGUGGAGAAGGCGAUGGAUCACAUCGAGAAGUACAUCAUGACCCGCCUAUACAAACAUGUCUUCUGCCCGGAAACCACCGAGGACGAGAAGAAGGACCUAGCGGUUCAGAAGAGGAUCAGAGCUCUACACUGGGUGACUCCACAGAUGCUCUGUGUCCCAGUUAACGAAGAGAUUCCCGAAGUCUUCGACAUGGUGGUGAAAGCCAUUACAGAUAUCAUCGAGAUGGACUCGAAGCGGGUGCCCCGCGACAAGCUGGCCUGCGUCACCAAGUGCAGCCAGCACAUCUUCACCGCCAUCAAGGUCACCAAGGACGAACCGGCCUCGGCCGACGACUUCCUGCCCACGCUCAUCUACAUCGUCCUCAAGGGCAACCCGCCCCGCCUCCAGUCCAACAUCCAGUACAUCACCCGCUUCUGCCACCCGAGCCGCCUGAUGACCGGCGAGGACGGCUACUACUUCACCAACCUGUGCUGCGCCGUGGCUUUCAUCGAGAAGCUGGACGCGCAGUCUCUGAACCUGAGCCAGGAGGACUUCGACCGCUACAUGUCGGGCGAGACGUCGUCGCCCAAGAAGCCGGAGGCGGAGAGCUGGUCCCAGGGGGCCUGCCUGGGCGUCCAGCAGAUGUACAAGAACUUGGACCUGCUGAGCCAGCUGAACGAGCGGCAGGAGCGGAUCCUCAGCGGAGCCAAGAAACUCGAAAAGGACCUGAUCGACUGGACCGACGGCAUAGCCAAGGAAGUCCAGGACAUUGUGGAAAAAUACCCACUGGCGAUCAAGCCCCCGGACCCCCCGCUGGCAGCCAUCGACUCCGAAAACGUGGAGAAUGACAAGCUGCCUCCCCCCCUGCAGCCGCAGGUCUUCGCGGGGUGAAGGGGUCUCCGCCAGAGAGGGGCUCGCCGACGCAGAAUUCCGGCUAGCCCUAAUUACUGUCUCCUAGGCGAGAACCGGCAUUUAAUUUAAUGCUAAAAACAAAUCGAAAUCGGCACAUUUUAAAGGUACAUUUCUUUUUUUUUUGGUGGGGCGGGGUGGUGCAGAAGAAGGAGGGUUUACGUGUAAUAAAUUCUAUUUAUUUUAGUUAGGUAA